GCGGGGGCGCGCGCCGCAGCCCGAGCCUCAGACGCAGGGGAGCCCGGGCCGGCGGGAGGCGCGGCUCGCUCGGGGACGGACGCGGCGGCGGAGGACGAAUCCUUGUGAUAUUUUUCCUCAGUACCCGCUACCCCUGUGUGUUGAAGACUUUGGCCAAAGCUGCUCUCAACUGUUGGCCUCAUCCUAAGAAAAGGACGGCUUGCAACAAUCAGCGAAACUUUCGAGAGACUCUUGGCCCUGGGGGAUCUUCUAAAGGGCAAUGCUAAGAAGACACCUGGUUUAAAGAAUUAAAAGGACAACUUCUUCAGACAGGAAGAGCUUCUCCAAAGGUACCUAGGAUAAGCAGAGAAAGCCCCCAAGGGUGACGUGGCACUCCUUUCAUUUAAUCCAGAAUCGUGGCAUGAGAGAUUCCCUGCAUGAAAAUUAUUUAAACGUCGCACGCGAAUCUUUUGUGAAAGAAGAAAAGGAGAUUCAGUUUGCGGGUCUCAGCAGGAGUUAAGCUAAUGCAGCUUAAAAUAAUGCCGAAAAAGAAGCGCUUAUCUGCAGGCGGAGCGCCCCUGAUUCUCUUCCUGUGCCAGAUGAUUAGUGCACUGGAAGUACCUCUUGAUCCAAAACUUCUUGAAGACUUGGUACAACCUCCAACCAUUACUCAACAGUCUCCAAAAGAUUACAUUAUCGACCCUCGAGAGAACAUCGUAAUCCAGUGUGAGGCCAAAGGGAAACCUCCUCCAAGCUUCUCCUGGACCCGAAAUGGGACUCAUUUUGACAUAGAUAAGGACCCUCUUGUCACCAUGAAGCCUGGCUCAGGAACCCUCACAAUCAACAUCAUGAGUGAAGGGAAAGCCGAGACUUACGAAGGGGUCUAUCAGUGCACAGCCAGGAACGAACGUGGAGCAGCAAUUUCUAAUAACAUUGUUGUCCGUCCAUCCAGGUCACCAUUGUGGACCAAAGAGAAACUUGAGCCAAUAACACUUCGAAAUGGCCAGUCUCUGAUCCUUCCCUGUAGACCCCCACUCGGAUUACCACCACCUAUAAUAUUCUGGAUGGAUAAUUCCUUUCAGAGACUUCCACAAAGUGAGAGGGUUUCUCAGGGUCUGAACGGAGACCUUUACUUCUCCAACGUUCUUCCGGAGGACACCCGUGAAGACUAUAUCUGUUACGCCAGAUUUAAUCACACUCAGACCAUACAGCAGAAGCAACCUAUCUCUGUGAAGGUGAUUUCAGUGGAUGAAUUGAAUGACACUAUAGCUGCUAAUUUGAGUGACACUGAGUUUUAUAGUGCUAAAUCAAAUAGAGAGAGGCCACCAACCUUUUUAACUCCAGAAGGCAAUGCCAGUCACAAGGAAGAAUUGAGAGGGAAUGUCCUUUCGCUAGAAUGCAUUGCAGAGGGGCUGCCUACCCCAAUUAUUUACUGGAUAAAAGAAGAUGGAACACUGCCCAUCAACCGGACAUUUUAUAGGAACUUCAAGAAAACUCUGCAGAUCAUUCAGGUUUCAGAAGCAGACUCUGGAAAUUACCAGUGUAUAGCUAAAAACGCCUUGGGAGCUAUCCAUCAUACCAUUACUGUCACAGUUAAAGCGGCUCCAUACUGGAUCAUGGCACCUCAAAAUCUUGUGCUGUCCCCAGGAGAAGAUGGGACAUUGAUCUGCAGAGCUAAUGGCAAUCCCAAACCCAGAAUUAGCUGGUUAUCGAAUGGAGUCCCAAUAGAAAUUGCUCCUGAUGACCCCAGCAGAAAAAUAGAUGGCGAUACCAUUAUUUUUUCAAAUGUUCAAGAAAGAUCAAGUGCAGUAUAUCAGUGCAAUGCCUCUAACGAAUAUGGAUAUUUACUGGCAAACGCAUUUGUAAACGUGCUAGCUGAGCCACCACGAAUCCUUACAUCUGCAAAUACACUCUACCAAGUCAUUGCAGACAGGCCGGCUUUGCUAGAUUGUGCCUUCUUUGGGUCUCCUCUGCCUACCAUCGAGUGGUUCAAAGGAGCCAAAGGCAGUGCUCUUCAUGAAGAUAUUUAUGUUUUACAUGAAAAUGGGACUUUGGAAAUUCCCGUGGCCCAAAAGGACAGUACAGGAACUUACACGUGUGUUGCAAGGAAUAAAUUAGGCGUGGCAAAGAAUGAAGUUCACUUGGAAGUCAAAGAUGCCACGAGGAUCAUUAAACAGCCUGAGUAUGCAGUGGUGCAAAGAGGGAGCACGGUGUCCUUUGAAUGCAAAGUGAAACACGAUCACACUUUGAUCCCCACCAUCACGUGGCUGAAGGACAACGGUGAGCUGCCCAAUGACGGAAGAUUCACUGUUGACAAGGACCAUUUGGUGGUGGCUGAUGUAAGGGACAACGACGGUGGCACCUACACAUGUGUGGCCAACACAACUCUGGACAAUGUUUCGGCCAGUGCUGUGCUGAGCGUCGUUGCUCCUACUCCAACUCCAGCUCCUAUUUACGAUGUCCCAAAUCCUCCGUUUGAUUUAGAAUUGACGGAUCAACUCGACAAAAGCGUUCAGUUGUCGUGGACUCCAGGCGAUGACAACAACAGCCCUAUUAUAAAAUUCAUCAUCGAAUAUGAAGAUGCAAUGCACGAAGCAGGGCUAUGGCACCACCAAACCGAGGUUUCUGGAAUGCAGACCACAGCCCAGCUGAAGCUGUCGCCUUAUGUGAACUACUCCUUCAGAGUGAUGGCCAUCAACAAUCUUGGGAGGAGCUUGCCCAGCGAGGCUUCUGAACAGUAUUUGACUAAAGCUGCAGAACCUGAUACCAAUCCCACGGCUGUGGAAGGACUAGGAUCAGAGCCUGAUAAUUUGGUGAUUACCUGGAAGCCCUUGAAUGGUUUUGAAUCUAAUGGGCCAGGCCUUCAGUACAAAGUGAGCUGGCGCCAGAAAGAUGGUGAUGACGAAUGGACGUCUGUGGUGGUGGCGAAUGUAUCCAAAUAUAUUGUCUCGGGCACACCCACCUUUGUCCCAUACCUGAUAAAAGUGCAGGCCUUGAAUGACGUGGGGUUUGCUCCAGAGCCAGCGGUGGUCAUGGGUCAUUCUGGAGAAGACCUCCCGAUGGUGGCUCCCGGAAAUGUGCGUGUGAACGUGGUGAACAGUACCUUAGCUGAGGUACACUGGGACCCCGUACCUCUGAAAAGUAUCCGAGGACACCUACAAGGCUACCGGAUUUACUACUGGAAGGCACAAGGUUCAUCGAAGAGAAACAGACGCCACAUUGAGAAAAAGAUCCUCACUUUCCAGGGCAGCAAGACUCAUGGCAUGUUGCCUGGGCUGGAGCCCUACAGCCACUACACACUGAACGUCCGAGUGGUCAACGGGAAAGGGGAGGGCCCAGCCAGCCCCGACAGAGUCUUUAACACUCCAGAAGGAGUUCCCAGUGCUCCUUCCUCUUUGAAGAUUGUUAACCCGACACUAGACUCGCUCACUUUGGAAUGGGACCCACCGAGCCGCCCGAACGGCAUUUUGACUGAGUACACCUUAAAAUAUCAGCCAAUUAACAGCACGCAUGAAUUAGGCCCACUGGUGGAUCUGAAAAUUCCUGCCAACAAGACGCGCUGGACUUUAAAAAAUUUAAAUUUCAGCACGCGGUAUAAGUUUUAUUUCUAUGCACAAACAGCGGCCGGAUCAGGAAGUCAAAUAACAGAGGAGGCAGUGACAACUGUGGAUGAAGCCGGUAAUCUUCCACGUGAUGUAGGUGCAGGCAAAGCAAUGGCAAGCCGGCAGGUGGAUAUUGCGACUCAGGGCUGGUUCAUUGGUCUCAUGUGUGCUGUCGCUCUCCUUAUCCUAAUUUUGCUGAUUGUUUGCUUCAUCAGAAGAAACAAGGGUGGUAAAUACCCAGUCAAAGAAAAGGAAGAUGCUCAUGCUGAUCCUGAAAUCCAGCCUAUGAAAGAAGACGAUGGCACUUUUGGAGAAUACAGUGAUGCAGAAGACCACAAGCCUUUGAAAAAAGGCAGUCGAACACCUUCAGACAGGACAGUGAAGAAGGAAGAUAGUGAUGACAGCCUAGUUGACUAUGGAGAGGGGGUGAAUGGCCAGUUCAAUGAAGACGGCUCCUUUAUUGGACAAUACAGUGGUAAGAAAGAGAAAGAACCAGCUGAAGGAAACGAAAGCUCGGAGGCACCUUCUCCUGUCAAUGCCAUGAAUUCCUUUGUUUGAUCUGUAAGCUCUUGGCCGAUAUCCCAUCUCUCUAGAACUUUCAUCUUCAGCACUUGUUUGUCUGCCUUCUCAUACUAGGCACACAGAGACAGAAAGUAUGGGUUCUGCUGUAUGUUAAUAUUAUGAGAGCAGUUUCAAACAAGGACGUGACUCGGUCCAAUGAUUUGUUAAUGUGAACUGCAGUGCAAAGUACAUCCUUUUUCAUCCAAAAUAGGUAUUCUUGUUCAGAACUGAUAAAAAAAAAUUACAGCAUCAUCAACUGAUCACCUUAUUUGCUCUUCAGGAUACAGUUCAAUGUGAUGCAUGAAAAAUGCUACACACGUAAAGGAAUACCUGUGUACCUUAUUAAAAACCUGGUUUGAUAACUUUGUUUAUACUGUCCUCAGCUGAACCCCUGAAAUGCGAAUUCCGUUUCCAUUGUCAAGAGUGUUACCGUAGUAUUCUCUAGAACUCCAAUGUCUUUGUGGACAUUGUUGUGAAAUUGGUGACUAUGUCUAGCUGUCAUUAGUCUUUUUGGGAGACUGUUAGCAACAGUAUGUACAGGAUAUCCUUGCUAUAUGAGUUCACGAUGACCGUCGCAUUUGCUGAUGCUUACUGAGACUCUGUGACCGGCCUCUGCCCCUGUUACUCCGUAGCCUUCUUAAUCCUCCGGGUAUUACCGCAGUACAGUGUUCUACUUCUUACAUCAUCUCUAUGUUCAGUUGUUUUUAGGCAUAAACAGUGUGUGUUGCAAUGCAUUUGGGCACGUAUGCCAGACCGAAAGAAUCGAAAACCAAUCACUCCACUUCAGUUUCAGAUAUUAUUCCAGAAAGCACAGGGCAAGACACAUGCAGUGCCUUCAGACAAUAAGCAUUCCAUAACACGCUGCCUUCCGUAUCCGUCGGCACGGUCGACUCGGAAUCCUAGCUUACUGUCAUUGUCCAAAAGUAACUCUUAAAAAGCAGAGAUCACAGAAAUGGCCAAUGCUGAAAGAAAGAAAGCAUGAAAAUAAAAUUAAUCAGACAGUUUAUUGUAAGGAGCAUUGCCCCUAUAAAAAGAAAAAGCCUUAGCGCCACCUGGAGCGCAUGCUGGAUUUGUGGUCUUUUGUGGUUUCCAUUAAAACAAGCCAAUCAGGUCAGAAGGCUGUUGAUUUGGUAGGGAAUUUUUGGAAAAAAAAAAAACUAAAAAGCAGUAGUUCCCAAACCGGAAGCAUACAACAGCAUGCUGACAGGAAUGCUUUUCUCCAGGCCUUUUUGCUAGGUGGCAGCUUUUGAAACUCUCUGCUGCGUUACACAGUGUGUAUGCAGAUAGCUAGGGACACAUUUCCGAAAAUCAGAAAUCUGACGAGUGCUAACAAGGCCAACAGUCAAAGGGAUCACACCUGCAGUUUCAAAAAUAAAAAUACAUAUCUUCCGUAUUCAGCAACGAUCUCUAUAAAUGGCUUACCUCCAAAUAUGAAAUCCUCUAACAACCUAUGGUUGAAGGAAUGCUCAGUUUCAUUUGCCAAUAAAUUGGUUUCUCAUAACUUGCAUCAAGUUUAAUUUUAAGUAAAGCUUUUUAUAUGUAGAUAUUUUGUUGAAUUUGUAAAUACACUGAAAGUGUAGAUGCUAUAUGCUUAGAGGUGGUCGAUACCAAUAAACAUGCAACCAAUGUUGACAUGUGCUGUAUAAGGAGUCAGCUGAAGUCGUACAGUGCAUGGGAUUGGAAAGCAUUUACUUAAAUACCUUUUGGGUUUUUAUUUUCCCUUUUUUUUGCUGUGAAACUGAAAUAGUGAGCUCUUCUACAUAUCGACAGCAGGUUUCUAGAUGAAAUCUUCAGAGCUUUGCCCAUGGGGCUCAGUAGGCAUCUUGGCUACAUGUCGGUAAAGCACAGUGUGAAGUCCUCCCAGGUAAAGAUUGGCCUCGCCAUUUCCACCGCUCCAUAUUCCCUUCUCACAGACCAACCGUUCUAAUGGAAAUACAGAAAGACAAAACAGGUUUGCCUUGACAGCACAAAGAUAAAAGUGACUCUAAGUUUGCCGAUGUUUGGGGGAGGGGGGUUUGGGGAAACAAUAGUUUUUGUUCUUCCAUAACGGUAGACGCUAAAGUUAUCUGUGCAUGAAGGGGUCACUUCUGUAAUAGUGCAACAGAUUUUGUAUUAAAAAUUAAAUGUGGUUUUAAAAGUCCCUCUCUCUUUUGUAAGAAGUCAUGUUCCCAGUGGAGUGUGAAUGUUUAAGUAACGGUGUAUUGUAAGAGUACAGGCAGAGAUGACUGGAUUUCCAUCCAAAAAAAAAAAAAAAUUGCUAUUAAACAGUCUCGAUCUC